AUGUCUGAGGCCACAGUCGGCUCUGGCAUACAUGACACAGGCCUUCCAUUCAAUGCAAUCUCGCUGAAUUCGGACCGCCACCUGAAGCGGACCAUCCGGCCAACGCGAGCCAAGCAGCUAGAGUGGGCGAAGCAAAUGGCCGGCACACUGUGUCGAAUGCAUGAUCGCCGCGUUCUGUUUGUCGACGUGGCAUCGAGAAAUAUGCUCAUUCAUCCGAACGGCUCGAUUGUCUUUUGUGACUUUGGAACAUCUCUCAUAUUCCCCCCAGAAACCGAUAUCUGGAUGGCUGAAGAGUUUGGCUUCUCAUUUGCAACGGAUAUUUGCGAGCUAGGUGCAGUUAUAUAUGAAGUGGUUGAGGGUCGACAACUUACUGACUUUGACCGAAUCGCCGAGGAAGGGGGUGGUUGGCCAAGCCGAGAUCGACUCCCUACCACUGACGAUGUCUUCCUGGGUUCGGUCAUCGAGGCAUGCUGGACAAAGGGAAGGUUUCGAACAACCCAUGAGCUCUGUCAGAUGCUUGAAGGGGGAUCUACCGCCGACGAAAUCCGUGAUGAUCAAACAUCGUGA